UAUAAGCUCGGCGCGGCGAUCACCAUCCACCACCAACGAAAGCAACAGCCAGCGAUCGAGACAGCAAGAAGCUCACUCAGCUACCCCCAGUCCCGAUCACAGGUAGCUAGCCACUCGACGCAAUCGGCAUGGCCAGCAAGUCGGUGUCCCUGCUGGUCCUCGCGGCGCUGGUGGCCGCGGCGUGCCUCGCCGGGCUGGGCUCGGCGGCGCGCGACAUGCCGGCGGAGAAGCCCGCGGAGGACGCGGUGAAGCGGCCGGAGACGUUCCAGGAGGGGACGGUGCUGAUCCCGGGGAUCGGGCGGUACGAGCUGGGCACCCACUACAUCCCGGACAUCGGCGGGCUGGACCACAGCAUCCCGGCCGCCGCCAGCGGGCAGUUCAUCCCCGGCGCCGACGACACCUGGGUGCCCAACCCCGGCUUUGAGAUUCCCAACCCCUUCCGCCCCGGCUCCGAGUCUCCCUGAUGGGUCGAGCCGGCCGUCCGGCGAGCGCGUCCACGUAACGCCCAUCAUCCACGUUACACCCCAUCCAUCUACUUGGUAGAGCUAGCCUACUACUUAUAAAUCAUUUUCCGCUAGCUUUUUGGUUGCCAUAAUAAAAUAGCUGCUGCUACAUGGCCAUGCAUGCAUGUCCGAUGCAUGCAUGUGUCUGCGACUGCGUUCGCGCCGUCGACGUCUCGUGUUUGAUUGAAGUGUACGUGUAGUCGUCUAUGGGAUAUGGAUGGUUGCGUAGGAAGCACCCAUCGCAUGUCUCGUUUGGUUUGUUGUUGCCAGUGUAAUGUGUUUCAGUUCAGUAAGUUUUUUGAAUGAUGAAGAAUUAUGCAUGAUCGAUUAAGCUUGA